CUGUGGUGCUAUGAGGUGCGGUGCCAAAACAUUGUUCCUCUUCACUAGAAAAGAUCACCUGUUCCUCACUGUCCCUAGCCGCGCCGUUGCGUCGCUGCCGGUAAUUGUACCGUCUCUUGACGGGUGAAAGCCUGCCGUCCUGGUCCUGGACAUCGUGUAAGGGAUUGUUGCGGAGUUGAGUAAAACCGGUGUCAAGUCUGCACAUACUUAAUUGUUCCAAAAUUUGACGUGUAGUGUGGCAAUUAGUGAAGAGGUUCUUCCAAUAGAAGUCCAAGCAGCAAAAUGAAUGGAAGAGUAUUGUAGCUCUGCAGUAAUUGCAUUCUCACCUCCCUGCCUCGAUGACAGAGUUUCAGAUCACACCCGCAGAAAAAAAAAAGAAGAAACGUGUUUCAUUUUGCUUUUCUCUGAGCAUGUAUGACUCGUGGACAGACUGACAAUACUAGUUCUAGAUGUUCAGAAAAUAGAAAGAUUUGAUGCUUCAAUCCUUUUCCCUUCUGUUGAUGAGGGGUUAAGUGGAGCUGGCCUUUGCCUAUAUAUUUCAGUAGCAGUCUCUUCCCUUAUGUAAUGGAAUUAAGUCUGCCGAGUGGUUUCUUCUUUCUUUUUCAGAACAAGGGUUUUUGGAUGGCAAAGGGUGAUGGACAUAUAACUGAUGCAGGCUCAGCAUUUGGUAGUUCAUCCACAAUUGAACAAAAGCGAUCUCAUCAGUGGUUUAUGAGUGCUGCCGAAUCGGAGCUGUUUCCCAACAAGAAGCAAGCAAUCAAAACUCCAAAUAACAAAUCAAGUUUGGAAAUUCCUGGUGCAAAUGUUGCAUCUUGGCAUUCUGGUUUCCAGUCUGCCCCAAACCAACUCAUCGACCGUUUGUUUGGGUCUGAAACAACGCCUGUAAAUUUUGAUGAAGGGAAUGUAUCUCCUGUUGAAAUGACUGACUCGAGGAUUAGAAGAAAGGGUAUUAAUGACCGCUUUGAAGACUUGCCGAUUGAUUUAUCUAUAUCUCAGGCUAUUGAAGAUUCGGUAACGUGUAUAAGCUAUGGUGAUUUCAGAAAAGCCAAAAUUAAUCCGAUUAGGGACUCUGAUAAUGGUUUGGCAGCUCCAAAGGAAAACAGUGUCAAUGGGGAAAGCUCCAGUGACAUCUCUGCAGAUCAGGCAUUUGGCAGGGAAAAUGAGAGUGAUUUUAUUUCCAUGUCUCAGGCCAAUGAUAAGGGGGUUGACAAUAUUACAUUAAUGGGUCAUCUCUACAACAGAGAAGACACCCAUAUUGGUUCAGCAGGUUCUGCCAGUGUCAAGGGAGAUGAGAAUGCCAUCUCAAUUGGGGACACUUUUGGCGUGGGGGAUGCAAAUAUGAUAUCUUUUGGACGAUUUCACGAUGAACCUGAUUUUAUGCGUGUGGGCCGACCCAUCAGUGGGUAUGGCCCGUCAUAUAAUCAUUCUUCGGGUCAAACAUCAGUUGCACCUGCUUCCUGCGAGAAAGAGUUGGAUGCAUCAAAUGUACGUGCAGUUGUGGGUGCUAAACUGGUAGCAAAACCAAGUCCUGGAUAUGCUUCCAAAAGUAAGCCAGAGUUUAAAACAACAAAAAAAGAGGCUCCAAACAGUUUCCCUUCAAAUGUCAGAAGUUUGAUAUCAACCGGUAUGCUUGAUGGAGUGCCUGUAAAGUAUGUGUCCUUAUCGAGGGAGGAGCUUUGCGGAGUUAUAAAAGGUUCUGGCUAUCUUUGUGGAUGUCAAUCAUGUAACUAUUCCAAGGUGCUCAAUGCAUAUGAGUUUGAGCGACAUGCUAGUUCCGAGACAAAACACCCAAACAAUCAUAUAUACUUUGAAAAUGGAAAGACUAUCUAUCAGAUAGUACAAGAGCUAAGGAGCACACCUGAAAGCUUGUUGUUUAAUACAAUUCAAACUGUGUUUGGUGCCCCAAUCAAUCAGAAAGCCUUUCGCAUCUGGAAAGAAUCUUUUCAGGCUGCAACUCGAGAACUUCAGCGUAUAUAUGGGAAGGAAGAAAUAAACUUAUAGUGUUAUGAUCCUGAAGUGUAGAAUGGUAUCUGUUUCCCUAUAAAUAAGUUUUGAGUUAAUUUGGUAAUUCCUGUAAAAUGUAGGAAUAGCCAUUUGGAGACUGGGAGACUGCUGCUUCUCUUUUUCCUGUCAUGGCCAAGUGAGGUCAGGUUCUUCUUAGAGAUUACUUAGAAAACAGUAAGGGAGACUAGCUUGCGAUGGGGGUGCCAUUUUUGUUUUUCACAACUUGCUGUUGUAAAUUUGUAGCUGUAUUUAUGGGCAGGUGAGGUCAGGUUCUUUUGUAAGUUGCAAAUCAGUGGCAAUCUUUCAUCUUUGCACUUUCGCCUUCUUGUAAGGGAACUGAUAACUGUCGUUUAAUUAUAGGAGGGGAUGAAAGCAAUAAGACAGUGGCAGACCCGAUGCUGUAUUAUUUUGGAA